AUGGCUCACCUCCUAAACCACUUCUUCCCCUCCAACGAAAGCUUCGGCUACGAAGCCAUCCGCGCAGCAGGCUACGCCACCUGCGGCGCCGCAGACAUCGGCGAGAUCAUCGCCAUCUGCCACAACAUCCCCGCCGGCGACGAGGACCUCUGGCUGCAAGAGUGGAAAGCAGCCGCCGACCGCGCCGUGGCCAACGCCAACACCAGCCUGUCCAGGGGAAACACAGUCGGCGCCAGGGACGCCUUCCUCCGCGCCUCCAACUACUACCGCACUGCCGAGUUCUACCGUCGCCAGGACCCGCACCACGACCAAGUCGCCUCUGCCGUGGCCGACGCCUCCUGCGAUGCGUUUUACAAAGCGGCCGCGCUGAUGCCCCAUGUCACCACCAGGAUUGCCAUCCCCUACGAGGGAACAACGCUUCCCGGUGUCAUGAUGAGGCCCGAUGCGGGCCAUGAGCCCAGGCCCCUCGUCAUCGUGAACGGGGGGUACGACUCGACCAUGGAAGAGGUCGUUUACAGCGUCGGAGCCGCCGCUCUCCAACUCGGCAUGAAUGUCCUCGCCUUUGACGGGCCCGGGCAAGCCUCUGCCGUCCGCAAGCAAAACCUCUGCUUCAGACACGACUGGGAAAAGGUCGUCACCCCCGUCGUCGACUACGCCAUCUCCCAGCCCUUUGUUGACUCUUCGAAACUCGUCCUCGUCGGCCUCAGCAUGGGCGGGUACCUCGCGGCCCGGGCGAGCGCAUUCGAGCACCGCUUCGCAGCCGUCGUCCUCAACGACGGCGUGUACGAUUUCGGCAGCGCGUUCCUCUCUCAACUGCACAAGAUCAAGCCCAGUGCGCUGGAAGUGGGCGCCAUUCUCGUCAGCGAUGAGCACGAUGACCAGGUCAAUGCCGUUAUUCGCGAGGCGGCAGCGCGCGACACGGGUAUCAAAUGGGCCUUGAAUAACGGCAAGUGGGUAUUCGGAAUCAAAUCCGAGGCAGGCGUUAUUCGCGAGGCGCAAAAGUAUACUCUUAAACAUGUUGUUGAGCAGAUCAACACGCCGACGCUGGUGCUUGAUGCACCCGACGAUCAUUUUCUCAAGGGCCAACCGCAAGAGUUGUUUGGUAGGAUGACGUGUGAGAAGGCCUUGAUUAGUUUGACCCGGGAUGAGGGUGCAAGUAUACACUGCCACGCAGGUGCUGGCUCGAGACUGGCGCAGGUCGUUAUGGAUUGGCUUCUUGAAAGGCUCAAUUAG